ACAAAUAUGUCAUAUGCAACAAUUCGGUAACAGAAGAAACUUAAAUUGUUAUAUCCGAUGUGGUUUCGAGUGAACAUUUUGUUUUGUAAACACAUAUCAGUUGAAUCGGGCGAUAAGUGGAUUGGUGCGUUCAAAAUUAUAAUCCAAUUGAAUUGCAUUCAAAAUGCGACGUCAUUUUUAUUCAAAAGUUUUCUUUUUUUAUUCUCUUUUCUCUGUGAUUUUAUUCGUUAUAUACGUAUCAAGGACAAUUGGAAACCAAAGUUAUAAUUUAAGUGAUUCAGAAGAAAUGCUAAAAUCAACGUUUGAGAGCAAAAGUGAUGCUUCGUCGAUUUACAUACUGGAAUGGACAUCACCAUAUACCGAACCAUUUGCGUUUUUAGGCCACGGUCACGAAGGUUUUAAGAAGAGAGGUUGCCGAUAUACUAACUGUUAUAUAACAUCAGACAGGUCUUAUUUGAAAGAUAUCACAAAAUUCGACGUCGUCAUAUUUCACGGACCUGAAAUUAAUAAAAAAAAAGAUAUGGCUAAUAUGCCCGCAAUUAGGUCACCACAUCAGAAAUUCGUUUUCGUUUCCAUGGAAUCCUCUCAUAACUACCCUGUGUGCUCUAAUAAAUUUGAUAACUAUUUCAAUUGGACUUGGACAUACAGACUCGAUUCAGAUGCGAGAUUAGGUUAUAUAUAUGUCACAGAUAUAAACGGUACAGUUAUUGGCCCAAAAAAAAUAAUGCAUUGGCUAAGAUAUGAAGAUAUGCUACCUGUAGAUGUAGCAUUCAAAGAAAAACUGAAGACUAAAAGCAAAGCAGCGGCGUGGUUUGUUUCUAAUUGCGAUGAUCAAUCCGGAAGAAUGAAAAUUGCACUCAAAAUAAAAACAGAACUUGAGAAAUAUAACCUUCAACUAGAUAUAUAUGGCAAAUGUGGACCGUUCUCAUGUCCUAGAUUUAACAGAAGCGAAUGUGACAGAAAGAUAGCUGAAACGUAUUAUUUCUAUUUAGCAUUUGAGAAUUCUUUUAGUGAAGAUUAUGUUACAGAGAAAUUGUUACAUGCCUUACAGAAUAAUGCAGUGCCUGUUGUGUAUGGUGCUGCCAACUAUUCAAGAUUUAUGCCAAAUGGAAUUUAUUUGAACGCGAUGGAGUUGGGCGUAGAGAGGUUGGUAGCAAAAAUGAACAACCUCAUUAAUAAUCCUGAAAUUUAUGCGGAAUACUUCAGGUGGAAGAACCAUUACGAGUAUCGUUUUACAAAUGAGGAUGACAGUGCGCACAACGAGUAUUGUGGUCUCUGUGCACUAAUGAACGAUGUAGCGAAAAUGAAAGAGAUAACUGUAGUAAAAAAAUUUAGACAGUGGUGGGACAAUCCCGAUUUGUGUAAGCACUUGGACUUAAAAUUUUAGAAUAUUCUGUGAUGUUAAUUUUUGUUAUUACAGUUCGUGAUACAUGUUAUAUCACGGACAAUUACCUCACUAAUUUAUGUGUUAUUCACGUCUGGUUGU